AUGGUGUCGCCGAUCGAAGUUCCAGCGGAGUCGGUAAACAAGGACAAUCCGAUUGAGAUCAAUGCUGAGUCCAAGUCUUCAGAGGAACAGACUGGCAUCGACGAGACUGAUUCUGAGUGGACCCUUUCUAGGGCAAAUAGGGUUGGCCCAAUCUGGGGUUUUGAGGGACAGCAGCACGGCAACGAGGAUGUCGUGGAUUGGGAGUCCGGGGACGUGUAUGCUCCUGAUGGUGAGAUUCUGGACUCCGAAAAUCCCUCGGAGAACCCCAGUCCAGAACUCAAACCCGUACCAGAACCUGUAGCACCUGCAGACCUCAAGCUCGAAGAGGAAUUUGAGGAGUCCGAACCUGAAGAAGAGCCCGAGCCUGUGCCAGAGCCCAUGGAGUCCAAGCCCGAGGAGGAGUCGGGUAACGAGGAAGAGCCGAUCGAGAUCAACUCUGACACGGAGUCGGAGUCUUUAGGGUUUGAUUCAGAUUGGGCACCGUAG